AUGGAGCGCGACGAACACCCGGUCCUCGCGGUCGUCGCCGACCGGACGCUGGCGAGCCUCGAGGCGUCGCUGCAGGUGCUCGAGCUCGUGGGCGUCAGCGGCCUCAACGCGUCCCAGCGGUCGCGCCUGCGGUCCAUCGAGGAGCGCGCCGCCGAGCUCAACCGGGACCCGCUGGGCCUCUCCGACGCGCUGAGCGGUUCGGGGAGCUCCGCGCCGCCGCCGCGGCAGCCGCAGCUCCCGAGCCUCCAGCCGUCGCGGCCCGCCGUGCCGCCGCUCAGCGGCCGCUCCCAGGGCUCGUCGAGCUCGGGCCGGUCGCGGAGCCGCCGGGGAAGAGCGGAGCCGGACCCCCUCCUCGCGGACGUCGCGCCGCCGGGCUCGCAGGUCCGGCCCGCGGCGCCGACGGCGUCCGUCGUCUCGCUCGAAGAGCUCGAGCGCCUCGACGUCGCCAGCCCCUUCGAGCCGUCGCCGCCGGACCUCGAGGCCGCCAAGGGCCGCGCCCUCAACGCGCCCAUACGCAUCAAGAAGGUCUCCCUGCGAUAG